AAGAGAGGUUGGCAGUGCAUGAAGCAAAUUCAAAAAAAAGGAAUUGUCAUUAGAAUGUCCUGAAAAAGGACUUAAUCAAGAACAGUUGUUUACCAGGUAAACUCGAGCUGCUGAGUAGUGAAAGCAGGAAUGUCUAUAUCAUGUGCAGACAUCUAAAUGCUGUGUUUUUUUUUGUCCAAAAAGGAAAAUGACAAGAGGAAAAACAGACAUAGGGAGUUGAAGCUCAAAGCUUCUUUGCCACAAAAGAACAGAUGAAUAAUCCAUGGGCACUCUUUGUGCAUCUGAAAUAUAUCCAUUAAUGGAUGAUGCAUAUGUGCCUUUGAUUCUGGUUUUGUUCCAGGACCUCUCCCAAGGAAAUGGGUAAAUAAGAUUUCUGGGGAACUAACAGGAAGCAUGAGAAAAAACACAACCAUAAAGCAUUUUUCAAACUGAAAUGAUGAGUAUUAAUUCAUACAGCUGGCGGAAAAUGACCUCUCAUAACAAUUAUUGAGCAGAAUAUCUCCCAUAGACAUGAAUCACGUUUCCAAAUUUAGGUUGGUACCACCUGGGACAAAUCUAGGUUCGUGCCCCCUGGGCCAAAAACUAGGUUCAUACCCCCUGGGCCCUCACUAGCUCAUGCCAUAAACAUGUGGUAGUAAGUCUGUAGAGGAGACCACCACCCCCUGGGCCCUGGACAAAUCUAUGCACUCUUGAGCAGCAAUGCAAUGAAUAGGUCAGGAAAGACGACUAAACUAGCAAUUAACCUUACUCUCUUCAGGCAUUUACACUUAAACAUGAAACUUGGGGCAGUGAGAUAAUAGAUUGAUUUCUUGCUACUUGAAAUUUUUGGACUAAUCGGUAGCUAUUAAUCCAUCCAUAACUAGGUGAUAGCUAUAUAAACUAGUUUAUAGGGUUUUAUUAUAGCUAUAAUGGGUAGGUAUGGAUGUUGCUUUCCUAUGCUAGUGUCACUGUCUUUUGGUGCACCGACCGAUCGUGGCCCCAGGCACUGAGGUGCACCCAUGAAAAGAAAUAGAGAAUCUUAUGGAUGGUGUUCAGUAGCUCUGACAUGCAACUAAAUCCACCCCUAUAUGAUAACUAUCCAGCACUGCAUGCAUUAUUCAAGCAACAGCAAAACAAUAAGGGGGAAGAAACACUAACCAAUGUGUUCAUUCACUGUUCCUCCGGUCGUGCUGCAGCUGUUCGUGCUGCUCUUCUUGGCCUCUCCCGCCACCGCAUGCACCGAGCAGGAGAAGCACAACCUCCUACGGUUCCUCGACGGGCUUUCGUGUGAUGGUGGCCUCGCCACAUCGUGGCAUAACAACGGCACGGACUGCUGCGAGUGGGAAGGCAUCUCCUGCAAUGGAGAUGGGGCCGUCACCGGGGUCUCCCUGGAGUCUAAAGGACUUGAAGGGCCCAUCUCGCUGUUCCUCACCAAUCUCACCAGCCUGCUGCGCGUCAACCUCUCGCACAACUCGUUCUCCGGUGGUCUUCCGGCGGAGCUCAUGUUCUCCGGAAGCAUCAUCGUCCUCGAUGUCAGCUUCAACCGGCUCAACGGACCGCUGCCCGAGCUUCCGCCUUUGAUUACCACCAACCGGCCUCUGCAAGUACUCAACACCUCAAGCAACCAGUUCAGCUCACAAUUUCCAUCAGCCACAUGGAAGGUGAUGAACAGUCUGAUUGCACUCAACGCCAGCAAUAACAGCUUCAGUGGGAACAUACCAUCUUCUCUCUGCCUUGGGUCACCAUAUUUAGCAUUGCUUGACCUCUGUUACAACCAACUGAGCGGUGACAUACCAAACACGUUGGGUGAUUGUUCCAAGCUCAAAGUGCUCAAGGCUGGCAACAAAAACCUAAGUGGGAUUCUCCCUGUUGAAACCUUCCGCGUUACCUCACUGGAGUACCUCUCCUUCCCCAACAAUGGUUUACAAGGAGAACUUGAUGGAGCACAUAUUGUCAAAGUCAGUAAUCUAGCUACUCUUGACCUUGGAGGGAAUCACUUCAGUGGCAAGAUUCCGGAGUCCAUAGCUCUGCUCAAGAGGCUCGAGGAGCUGCAUUUAGGUAGCAAUAACAUGUCUGGGGAGCUGCCAUCAACUCUGGGCAACUGUACAAAUCUCAAAACCAUCGAUCUGAAGAUCAACAACUUCAGUGGAGAUCUAGGCAAGGUAAACUUCUCCGCCCUGCAGAAUCUAAGAAGUUUAGAUCUCAUGAUGAAUAAUUUCAGUGGCAUCAUUCCAGAAAGCAUUUACUCAUGCAGCAAUUUGGCUGCACUGCGGCUGUCGGCCAACCAUUUCCAUGGUGAGAUCUCACCGAGAAUAGGCAAUCUGAAGCACCUGUCCUUCCUAUCACUUGUUAGAAACUCCUUCACAAACAUCACAAAAUCUUUGCAUGCCCUUAAGAGCUGCAGGAACAUCAGCACUCUGUUUAUUGGCACAAACUUCAUGAAUGAGGCCAUGCCACAAGAUGAAACCAUUGACGGUUUUCAGAAUCUUCAGUUUCUGUCCAUGCAACAAUGUUCGUUUACUGGAAGGAUACCUACUUGGUUAUCAAAGCUUACAAGUCUGAAGAUACUAGUGUUAUCUAAUAAUCAACUCACCGGACCAAUGCCAAGCUGGAACAACUCCAUAAACCACCUCUUCCAUCUGGACGUAUCAAACAACAGUCUUUCUGGGGAAAUCCCAAUCGCCUUGAUGGAGAUGGCAAUGCUAAAAUCAGACAAGCCUGCCAUCUAUUUGGACCCAAACCUCCCUGAUCUACCAAUAUAUAUGAAUCCAUCACUUCAAUACCGCAUGGGCAGUUCUUGGCCUAAAGUGCUGAAUCUCGGUAAAAAUAAAUUCACAGGUGUGAUCCCACAAGAGAUUGGUCAUCUGAAAGCACUCCUUUACCUGAACUUGAGUUUCAACAACUUUUAUGGAGAGAUCCCACAAUCAAUCUGCAACCUCAGGAACCUCCAAGGGCUAGAUUUGUCUAAUAACCAUCUCACGGGUGCAAUCCCUGUGGCAUUGGAGAAUCUUCACUUCCUUUCACGAUUCAACAUUUCUAACAACGACCUAGAAGGACCUAUUCCAGCAGAAGAGCAGCUGAGCACCUUCCAGGCGUCUAGCUUUGACGGGAACCCAAAGCUGUGCGGCUCUGUGCUUACUAACCAUUGCAGUUCAGUUGAAGCAGCUCCCGUCUCCAUCAUCCCUGCAAAACAAUGCAGCGAAAAGAUCAUCUUCGCGAUUGCAUUUGGUGUGUUCUUUGGGGUUGGGGUGCUAUAUGAUCAGUUAGUAUUAUUCAGAUAUUUUGGAUAAGCCCACAUCAACUGUAAUAUGGUCUAGUAUGAUGUAUGCAAUGGAUAAGGUAAUUUGCAUAUUGUUAGCUUGCUGAAUAAUACAGGUACAUGAUGUUUGCUUUUCUAGCUAGCAAACUUGUUAAGAGCUGUAGGAAGAUGGCUCCUGGUAUAA